AUGGCUGAAAGUGCUGUUGAAUUCCUGGCUAGACGUGCACUUAAGCCAGAUCUUUAUCGACGACGAGGUUCGGUUAUUGUUCAUGAAAGUACCGCUGGAUGUACUGCUGUUGCACGAAUAAAACUAUUCUUUAGUUAUGAUUUUACUAAAUCGGAUUUUUUGGUUUCUAUUACUGAAGUGAAAGAUGCGAUGCCUCUCGACGAAUUUUAUUUUGUAUUGACUCUUGAAGGAUGUAAUCAACGAGAAUCGGAGAAAAUUCUUGCUGGAACGAUUUUUAAUCAACAAUCUUUCAAAUUCGCUCUUCCAUACGAAGAAUUAUUAGAAAGAAUGCUUACGGUUCAAAUGAUUGGUGCUGUAAAAUCAGGAAGUUCAGUAAUUGAAGUUGGGCAAAAGGACAUUGACCUUUCGGCAAUUGACCCAUCAGAUGAUGUUAUUUUAUGGACGACAAUUGAAGCCAAUAAUUCGCAAGAAAGCUGUGGUGAGCUUCUCAUUGGAAUGCAGUAUCUUCUUGCGGUUGAAAGGCUUACGGUAACUAUUCAUUCUGCGAGAGGCCUUAAAUGUUCCUUAUCAGAUGGUUGUGUUCGAAUUCGUUUAUUGUAUGCGGGAAAAAUCCAGAAAAAACGAAAAAGUUCAUUUAAAAAAAGCGAUAAUUGCCCAGUUUGGGAUGAAGCAUUUCAUUUUCGAAUUCCACAAAUUGCUCUUUCAAGUUCGCAAAUAGAGAUAACAGUGAUGAAUUACGACAGAAUUGGUAAACACACGGCGAUUGCAAUGGUGAUUAUCGAUAAGCAACAUCCAAGCAAAAUAUGGAAACAAAUGUUGGACAACAAAAAGGUAAAUCCAAGGUGGAUUCCUUUACAAACACCUGCCUAA